ACCAUCACUGGCCAUCAGCAGCAGCGUCUGACGGCUGCAUCCCUUUGCUGUAGCAACGCGGCUCCCUCCAUCCUCCUCCUGCGUCGUCUGCAUCUGACAUCCCGACCGCAGGAGCCUUUUGUGUCUCCACGGGGGCCAUUGUUGUUCCUUCCUUUUUUGGAGAAAGAACAACACCAUGGACAUGAUGGGUAACAGAGAGCGACGAGGCGUGAAUUUCAAAGGCUUGCUGAGGAGGAAUUGGCUCUUGAUUGCCACGGUUUUAUCAGUGCUGCUCGGGAUCAGUUUGGGCGUCGUGGUCAGAGAGUAUGCGUCCCUCUCCCACCUCCACAAGCAGUAUUUUGGCUUCCCAGGAGAGAUCCUCAUGCGAAUGCUGAAGCUUGUCAUCCUCCCACUCAUCAUUUCAAGCAUGAUAACAGGUGUCGCAGCGCUGGACUCUGAGGUCUCAGGAAAGAUAGGCCUGCGAGCUGUUAUUUAUUACUUCUCAACAACCAUCAUUGCAGUUAUACUUGGCAUUAUUUUGGUAAUGACCAUCAAACCGGGAGUCUCUCAGACGGCUGAGCACAUUGACAGAGCUGGAACCACGCCCAACGUCACAACAGUUGACACACUCUUGGACCUCCUCAGAAACAUGUUUCCAGAAAAUCUGGUGCAGGCUUGUUUUCAGCAGUACAAGACCAAGCGCAAAGAGCUGGAGCCUCCAAAAGUUUCAGAAGACACUACUACAAUUCCACCUUUGACAACUACCGUCAUGGAGGUGCUACAGAAUAUAACCAAGGACUAUAAAAUCAUCGGGACAUAUUCGGAUGGAAUCAACGUAUUGGGGCUUAUCGUGUUCUGUGUUGCUUUUGGCCUCGUCAUCGGGAAGAUGGGCGAAAAGGGCCGUAUCCUCUUGGAAUUUUUUGAUGCCCUGAAUGAAGCAACCAUGAGACUAGUCCAGAUAAUUAUGUGCUACAUGCCAAUAGGGAUCCUGUUCCUAAUUGCUGCUAAGAUCAUCGAGGUGGAAGACUGGGAGAUCUUCAAGAAGAUGGGUCUUUAUAUGGUGACGGUGCUGAGUGGUCUAGCUAUCCAUGCCACCAUCUGCCUGCCACUCAUCUUCUUUGUUAUUGUGAGGAAGAACCCAUAUACAUUCACACUGGGAAUGGCUCAGGCCCUGGUGACAGCACUCAUGAUCUCCUCCAGUUCUGCCACCCUGCCUGUCACCUUCCGAUGUGCCGAGGAGAACAAUCGCAUCGACAAACGGAUCACCCGCUUCGUCCUCCCAGUGGGUGCCACCAUUAACAUGGACGGCACAGCACUCUAUGAGGCGGUGGCCGCUAUCUUCAUCGCGCAGCUGAAUGACUAUGCUCUGGAUGUGGGCCAGAUUGUUACUAUCAGUAUAACUGCAACAGUUGCCAGUAUUGGAGCAGCAGGAGUCCCUAACGCUGGGCUUGUGACCAUGGUAAUAGUCUUAACAGCUGUUGGACUACCUGCAAGUGAUGUCACUCUGAUUGUGGCUGUGGAUUGGCUGCUGGACCGGUUCCGUACUAUGAUCAACGUUCUUGGCGAUGCUUACGGAGCCGGAAUCGUCCAGAAACUCUCCAAGAGGGAACUGGAGAGAAUGGAUCUGACAUCAGACGUGGACGUCGCCAACCCCUUUGCCCUGGAAGCCACUUUGGAUGACGAAGAGUGCGAGAAGAAAUCCUACGUCAAUGGAGGCUUUACCGUCGACAAGACAGAUGCAAUCUCCUUUACUGAAACCUCCCAGUUUUAGCCUCUGGCUGGCUCAGAGGAGCAGAGAAAGUGCCAUGCUGCUAUGGGUGUCAAAUGGAAAACCUUCCAUCGUGUAUCAGCACCAUGACGAGAGAGGAAAACUAUCCAGCCAGACCCAUCUAAGCUCAGACAUCAGCAAUAGCAGCCUCCAUUAAGCUUAUCCAAGAUGAUCACCCUUCAUGUCGGACAUUUACAGCCACGACUAGAUUAAAGUGCUUCCUUCUUACACUCAAAUUGUGCCAAGAUUAAGAAAAGUCUGUUUUCUUUUGAAUAAGAGUGUGUUCUUUCUUGUAAAGAUGCAUUCAAAAGAAGAGCUGUGUGUGUGUAUGUGUGAGGACAUUUGUUUUGGAUGUAUUUGAGGUGUGUGUAUGUAUUUUGCAAAAAAGAAAAUAUCAAUUGAACACAAGCAAAAACAAAACAAUAAUCUAAAUGUGAAACUUCAACAACCCUACUUUAUUUACUCCUGGGAUAGACAAUAACUCUCUAAAUGUGUGAAUGUUUUUUUUUUUGUGUGUGGCUGUUGUAACUUCUAUGUCCCAUAAUGCACUGCUUGUAUAUCUAUCUGUAUAUUUAAACUGUGCCAAACAUAUGAAGAGGUUUUUCACCGAGUUGCAUGAAGCAAUAUGUUAAACAAAUGCUUACCGCGGGCUGCAGACUGAUUUUUUAAUGGACACUUCACAGAGACUGGAGAUGGUUAACAAAGGCUCAUGAAGUCAUUGAACACUGUGAAAUUUGAGGACAUUUUUUCAGAACCAAAUCACUAACUUGUAUUGAUUUAUUGCAAAGUAUAAUGAUCAUAAAUAGUGUCUGUGUUUAGGAAGCAAGGGGGGAUGACAGUACAUUAGAUAGCCCAAAUUAUACCUUCUCAAACUAUUUUAAUUGUCACUUAAUGAAUGUAUGUGUCAAUAAUAAUAAUUAUAAUUUCCCUACUCUAUUUUCACUGUGGUGUAGAGGUAAAAUAUGUUCAAAUGCUCUUAAACCAAUGCCGUGUGGUAAGCUUUCAUCUGGUAAACAAAAUUUUGCAUGUUCUAGGAAUUUUUGUUUAAAGAAGACACAAAAACCCUUGGGCACAUUUGUCACUAAGGAUUAGUUUGACAUUUUGGGAAAUACACUUUCUGCUUUCUUGCAGAGAGUGAGAUGAAAAGGUCCACAUCAAUCUCAUGUCUGUGCAUUAAGUAUGGAGCUAAAGCCACAAGGAGGUUAGCUUGGGUUGUAAAGACUGAAAGUGAAGUGAAGUUCAAUUGUGGUUUUUAGAUUUCUGUUUAUUGUCUAUUAUAGUUAUUCUUAAUGCCUGCCACCGGGUCAGAUUCCCCUAUGAUAUCAAUUAAAUGAGGAGGUGGAAACACAACUGUUUUGGUCCACAGGGGCCGCCAGCUUUAAGUACUUACUGCACAAACAUGGGAAAGGUAUCGAUUUACCAAAACGUUGAGUUAUUUCUUUGAUACAAGCCGCAAAAAAGUAGGUUCAAAUGCAGCAGUAAAGAAAAACAUUAACAGUUAGCUACAACACCUUUGUCUUUGGUAGUUUCCGAGGCAACCUUUACAUUAAAACUCAAUGUUGACCAGGAUUAGAAAGUUCAGAACAGCAGUGUUACUUAUAACAACCCUUAAAAAUGAGCCAGUCCAUGACAAUGUCUGUUUAUAGCCAUUGCUUAUAGGGCUGCAAACCUUACAACCUGAGCAAUUAACCCUAACAAUUACAGAACUUUAUAGUAAAUUUUACUUUGUCUUAGCUGCAUCAGGUUUUAUGUCAUGCUCAUGAAUUUGAACUACUGAAAGUAAGUCAUCAGUACGUGAGGUAAUCUGCCUGCCAUCACAGAUGUAGCCAUUCAGCAUACAUGUGCCAUAUUUCUGUUACAUUUGCAACUUGCUAGUUAGCAUGAGUAAACAUUUUGAGAGUCUGAGAGAGCUUAAGAUUUUCUUCUGUGGAGGGAGUGAAGAUAAAAGACCUAACUUGUGUGUUAUUAUAUCCAAACGUUACUUCAAAACUUUUGUUAGCUAGUUUGCAACAAUAUUGCAAUAUUCAAAAUAUAAUAACAGUCAGAAAAAAGUGCAAAAGUGCAAAAAAAAGGGUUGGGAAUUGCUCCCACAGGGAUUGAAGAACUAUGAGAGAAACUAAUAGCUAAAUAGUAAAACUAUAAUUAUUUCAAGGUACUACACACAGAUCUGUUUUUUUGUUCUUUUUGAUGCUAAAAUGUGCUUUUGCUACUUCCAGCCUAGAUGCCUUGUUAGCUUCUCACUAGCUAAAUGUGAUGCAGACAAGACCUGCAAGUCAAAGUGUCAACCAUGAUUGACAUUUGUGUCCAAUUUGGCUGUGAUUGGCUGGCUGCACUGCUAGAACACAACAUAGCCACAAACAAGGCUGUAAGUCUAAAACUGGGCUUGUGGCCUUGGUUUAUCACCUUGGGAGAACAAUUGUGUGUGUGGUAAAACAGAAUUUGAUCAGUUGGUGGAUAGGAAGAUAACUGAUUGAUAUUUGAUUUGUAGAUUUAUCAAGGAAAAAACUUAGCUGGUUCCAACUUCCAAAAUUGAGGAUUUGCUGCUUUUGUCAGCUUUAUAUCAUCAAAAAUGUUAUCGCUCUGGGCUUUGUACUGUUUCUCGGAGAGAAACAAAACUUUUAAAGAUGUCACCCCAGUUGUCUAUUAAAUUGUGAUGACAUAAUUUCAGAUAUUACAUAGACUAAAAGAUUAAUACAAAAUUGACAGAAAAUAAUUAUGUUACCAAUGUAAUUAUGGUAUAUGUUAAGCUGAUAUUUAGACAGAGGAUGGUGCAAGAGGAAAGAUCCAAAAUAGGGGAGCAGCAAUGUACUUAGUUAAUUUUAUGCAAUUAGUCAUUACAUUUUGAUAGUUCUUGUGUAGCGGCAACGAUGUGAGUCUGACGAUGGUGAUCGGUUAGCCAGUACUUUUUUAAAUACUCUUGUUCCGUCCAGGUGGAGAGACCAACAAACAUGCCUCGCCUUCCUUAAAAUGUCAAUGAAGGUUAAUGCUUUUACGCAAAUGCCACAAAUGAUACGAAUGCUUGUACUUAUGUCAGGCCCCUGGCUGCACUGUUGCUUGUGAUGCUCACAGCUUGUGAUGCUUGUAGUCUUAUGCUUUUUUAUAAAAUGUAUGUCUAUGUCUGUAACUGAGAGCUGUGUUGGCUCCAUGCAGCAGCUGCAUACUAUGAUGCUUGCACAUGCACAUACAGUACUAAACCUUGGAAUAGGCAGUGUGGAGUUGUUUAAAUGGUGAAGUUAACUUGAAAAAGACGUGACGUGGGAGCUGAGGUUUAUCUGUGGUACUAUUUAUGCUAUUCAUAUGUUUGAAUGUAUGCAGCAAGUAUUCCCAGUGCUGGUGCUAUAAUGAUAAUCCCAGCAUGAUAAUCAAUAUCAUUGAUUAAAAGCGGUCCUCUUUGCUUACUUUCCACCAUCGCUAGUCUGAGCCAAAUACCUUUCCAAUCUCCUGGCAGAAAAUACAAUAAUCCAUUGCAACAUUGCUCAAUGACAUUGACAUAUUAUCCAUCACAUGCUAAGGGAGGUACGAUUUACAUUCAUUACAAAACAACUACAAGCUUCUACUUAGUAGUUUUCUCAGAUUGUGGUAGAAAUUAAACUGCCAGAGUAGCUACAGCACAAUAUUGUACUGUACAAUGUGUUCCAUUUGAAGUCGCAAAUUAGUUAAGACAAGCUAAUUUGGAAAAAAUCAAGUAAAAAUUUUCUUUUGUUUGCUUCCAAAACACUUAACAAUGCUAGUAGCUAGGUUGGCAUUGAAAAUUAGCCACUGUUAAAAAUCGUAAAAAUUCCUUGCAAGGUAAAUAAGCUGAUUUCAGUGGUCCAGCUUGAAACUAUCACAGAAGAGAUUUUCUUUGCUUGAUGUAAAAUACUGUUCUUAAGCAACAGCUAAUGUGUCAGUACUUUGCAACGUUAGCUACUUAGCAUAGAAAAAAAACAGCAAGUACUUUAUCUUGCAGCUUGAUCCUUAACCAAGUAUAAUUUUGAUAGAGGUUAUGAAGUGUUGAAAAUUCUAACUUUGUCUAUUUUCAGAAUAACAAAAAUGUUCAAUAAAGUAAUGGUGUUUACAGAGUGCUGACAGGUUUAGUGAGAUUCCACAUGACUAUAUCCUUGGGGAUAACAUAUCUUGCCUAAGUUCCUUAUCUUGGGCUUCGUGUUAAAAGGUCAUUCCAUUACUCUUCCCAUGAAGUCAAAGUUUUCAAAUCCAUUGUAGUCCAAGUCUCAGUGUCUCCAUAUUAGUCGUCCCUACACUGCCAAAAGGGCCACUUGUUUGUAAUUCUAUACUGAGAUAAGCCCUCGCAAAUCAGGUUGUAUUCUACAUUUCAGAAGCACACUGGCAUCAACCAACCCCUUCUCUGUACAGACAACUAUUUGAGUAUCUAUAGUAUGUGAAUCAACAUGUACUACAUUGUGUGUAACUGCAAGCAAAUAAAAGAA